UUUAAAUUUCGGCGCACUUUCACGCACUUCCUCCAGCCGUUCUGUGGCCGCUCUUUAGGUUGGUUCUAUGCUUUAGGUCAUGGAAAGCUUGGAGCAACUCGAGUCUCAGAAAUACGCCGAGCUCCUAGCAUUGGCCCGGGAGCUUGGGUACACCUGCAAGGGCAACCCGAAGAAGGCCAAAGUUGUCAAGUUCAUCCGGCAGUCCGUUGCCUGCGGGCUGGCUAAGGGCAAAGAAAACAGUAACGUGACGUUUGCCCCGGACGCAGCUGCUGCAACGUCGAGCCCCGAAGCUGCGCAGCCCGUGGGUGCGGGGCUGCCAAAGCGUGCUGUAGCUACUAACACCCCCGUGCCAAAGUCGGCAUCCAAAGUGAGGAAGACGCCGAACUUCUCCAAGCUUCACGCGGCAGAGUUUGCCAAAAUGAAGUCUGUGGUAGACUGCACUGCCCGCCGCAACAUCUUAGUGGGCACUAGCGCUGCUGGUCGUUCGCUUCAGACACCCAAAUCGGCAUCACGCAUACCCCGCCCCAACACGAAGGCCAAUGCUGGUGGCGUGCUGCAGACGCCGAAAGCUGCAUCACGGAUUCCGAAGCUGACCGUGAGCAAAGCAAAAACUGUGCCGCUGAGGGAGCCAGUGCGAGUGCGGAUUGAGCCAAGCCAGCGCAUGGCUACACGGCAGAACAAGGCACGCACUAUCCUAGGCAAAGUGCGCUCCAACAGGAGAUUUGACUUGCUCAUGGCGAAAAGGGGCCUUGUGUGCGACUGAGCCAUUUCUCAAUUUUUGGAAAAUCUUAAGAUGGUAGCUUCGUAGCUUGCCUUUUUAUUUUUUUAACGUGCUUGGAAAAUAAACUACAGAAAUGCAUGCUGCUCUGCAGUUGCACAGGCGAGGCCACUGCUAGUGGGAACAUGGCAUCCCAUGGCAAUGCUCCGCAGGGCGGCGCAACCAAAGUGAUAAGUGGAGCACUUGCAUGAAUACUCAGAGCUGCGAGUGCACACAGUCCAAAUACCGUCGCACAUGGCAAAGGGGAGAAAACAUAGCAGACAAGGAACCAGGCGCUUCACCUAUCGGUUUGAUUGCACCUGCGCCGCUGGACUUGGCAAGGCGGUAGUGCUCUGUGGAGGGCUGCCGCAGGCUUCCGUGUUCCCGCUAGCAGUGGCCGCAUAUGUACAUGUCAGUUUUUACAUUUUUACCCAUUCUUAUACAUUUGACCAAUAUCAUUAUUGUAGCUGGUAUUUAGAUUCUAGGCUCUUUUAACGUACAUUUCACCUUUCUUGAUGUACUUGUGCUCCAAUGUUGGAGUGCUCCUGCACCCCAGUGUUCAUCCAGGUCAGUUCUUCACCUUAGGCACGGUUUGCUCAAAGUGGUUGCUUUGCAUGAAUGUGGUGAACAGAGGCUUGGUUUGUGUUGAACCCUUAAGUUAGUGCACUACAUUAUUUUCUCGCGUGUGUUUUUUGGAGCAGACUACCGUGCUUUUUUUCCUUAAUUACUUGCACUGCUAUCUUGAUAUUUGUCAAACCAACAAGACAAACAAUUCACUUCAUUUUAAUAGAUAUGCUACACUAUUGCUUCUUCGUGUAGGUAGAAGCAGAACAAAGUGUGUGCCCCUUUCAGAUUUUCACUUUUUGAUCAUCAUGUAACCAUCUAUUCUUGAGUCUGUGUACAUUAUCAUAUUUAAAUUUCAUUCACAGGUGCAUUACCUGCAUAAAUGCCUUCACUGCAGUUGUACAGAAUUUAUAGCAUCUUCCUUUGAUUAUUCUGUGCAGUUUUUUUUUUCUCAUCAUGUACCAUUAGUGUUGGGAAUUCAUAGGCCAUGAGAAAUGUGCAAGAACAAUUUUCUUGCAGUCUGAAUUCUUUUGCGCCCUGUAGUUUGUACAUAAAGCCUAACAUAUGGCAUGCUAUGUGAAACCUUGUGUUGUUCGUAUGUCAUUACUUUUAAACUGUGUUUUAACAGCGCAGUAGUGCUGUUACAUUAUAUCCAAUAAAGUUAUAAUGGAUAA